AUGGCGCAGGUCGGAGAUACCGAGGCCUCCUUGGGCACCCCGGAUGCUGCUCCGCGGAAGCUCACAGACCAGGAAGCCUACGAAAUCCAGCAGUAUGCCAAGAUUGUGCGCUUUCGAGACGCCGUUUUCUCGGGCGCCCAUCCCACCAUCAAGCUUCCCAACCUCGCCAGCUCUCUGCCGCUGCCGUCGCCUCGCGCCGCGGCCACGGCUGUGCCGCUGUCGCAGGGAAAUGGCGCUCCUCUGGGGAUCCUCCCUUCGUCUCGGCCGACGAAUGCAAAGGACCAAGACGCCGCUAAAGGCACUGCCAUUGUAUCGUCGGCCAUACCGAAGCCCUUUGCCUCUGGCCAGACUGAAAUCAACCCCAUUCUGCUUGAAAAAUCAGACGAGCUCAUCAGAGCAGAAGUCGCCCUCCAGAGGCAGCGGCUGGAGCGUGCUUUGCGGGAUGAAGUCGAGCAACGCCGCUCCGCAAAGACUUCGCAGUCGGAGCGCUACACUGACCUCGACAUCUCUGACGUGCUGGCCAAGGCUUUGACCUUGGUGCCGCAGACUGCUGCUCCCUCACCUGUUGGUGAAGACUUGACUGCUAAUCAUGAUGCCGCGAGUGACUCUUUUGACGAAAAGACCUUUUACUCUUCACAGCACGACACUCCCCAGUCGCAAAUGACGUCGCGCGUUCGCAACGACUCGACUGUCGACGAGACGCAGCAUGGGCGAGCUCAAGCCGUAGUCGCGCCAGAGCCUCCGGCGGCCAUUCCGACACGGCAAAAGGACAGUCAGCACGGCGGCUUGUCUGCCAACCCUGUGGUGGCUGCGCCCUUGGCCAAUGUCGUCCCAGGGCUUAACAAUUACGUCGGAGCAGGGGCUGUUGCGACUCCGCCCAGCCAGAACACCGCGAGCGGGGCGCAAAGCCAGUCCGAGGACUCGGCGAAUCUGGAGCUUGACGCGGCGAGAGUCGAGGUUGCCAGGAGUCACACGCAGCUACAGCGUAAUUCUUACGUCGAUCUCCAUCCUCCAUCUCCCCUCAUUAGAGGUCAUGCUCUGCAGCCUGUCGCCCCCCAACCAGCCCAGAUCUCUCCCUUGGCUGUCCCGGGACAGGGCCACGACGGCCCCUCCCAAGCCGUACCGCGUACAAGGGGUACGCCAGCCCCCGACAGCUCGUCCCAAGGCGGGAGGGCGUCGGAAAAGAGAAAGAGCAAAAGGAAGAAGAGGAAGGCGGACCGGCAAGCGCCAGAGGUCGAGGCCAACCCAUGCAUCAAAGUCGAGCCCCGGUCUGCUUCCCCAUUGACUGCGCCGUCGUAUGUCCGGGCAAACAAGCGUCAGCGCCAGUCUCAGGGGCAGGCGAUUGAACUUGAGUACGAGUCAAGCUACGAGAGGCCCCUUGUUCAUGGCCCAGACGGCCAAUACCUGACGCGGCAAUACAGAGACGAGCAAGUUUCCUUGGGCUACGACAGUGCCAGGGCGCACCCCCAACGCGCCGUGAGCACGGCCUUGAUUGGCGACCAGCGAUACGGAAGAGAGUACCUGGACGAGCGAAGGCUGCCCGCCGACGGCCACGUCCGAGGUUACGGACUGCCUGGCCCGGUGCCGCCAUACCCGUACUCCCCCAGAAUGGCUUAUCCCCCACGCCCAGUCUCGCAGGUGUUUGCGGGCGAUGGGUAUCGGGAACCCCCGCGCUCCUUUCGCGACGCAUAUGCGGGGCAGCCGAAACCCCCUCAGCCACGGAUGCUGGUGGACGCAUUCGGGCGUGAGUAUUUCGAUCCAUCUCAUCCCGCCGUCCACCGCCCCAACGCUCCUUCGGUCGGGCCCGGCGAGCCCGGUCUCGUGUAUGAGCGGCUGCCUCCGAGGGCCGUCUCUCGGCAUCCCGGCCCAGAGCCACGCGUCGUGACCCAGCCGGCCGAGUACGCCCCUUAUGAAUACAGAGACGGUCGGCACAGAGAGUACCAACCACGGCCGAUGGCACCGCCCGGGGAAUUUAUGGAAGUUGGAGACCGAAGACCUGUGAACGAGGCGCCGGGGGGGUAUGCUACGAGGGCCGCGAGCAUGAUGCCGGUGGAGGCGGUUCGAUACGAGGUGCCGCAGGCAUACGGGCGAAUGCAGAGUGUGCGCCCCGAGAUCCCGGGACAUGAAUACGCACCAGGUGUACAUGCAGAGGGCCGGCGCGAGGCUGCGCAGCCGUACGUGAGGGAGUAUGCGGCGCGGCCCACGGAGCCGUACCACCGACCGCAGGCUCCGCGAGCCGACGAGAUUGCCUUCAUCGAGCGGCCCCGAGGCGCGACGCAGGAGAUUGUAUAUGCAGACGAUGCGCGGAGAGAGGUUUAUCGCUGA